GUCGUCUUCGGUCGUCUCUAUACGCUCGCUUCUUCUUCUUCUGCUGCUGCUGCUGCUCAUUCAAUUCCGUUAUAAUAACAACUGAAAGCAAAACGGUUCACGCUAUUUACGGCGGAUUGAGUUCAGAAGUGUGCGUGCGUUGUAUGCAUGUGUUCUUCUGCACCGUAUGGGCGUCAAAAACGCCCCAGAUCUGCAGCGGCGGCAGCGAACAUUUUGCAGAGCGGCAAGCCGUCGCUGUGCGAACUGGACGGGGGAGAGAGCGACGAGGCUCCGCUAGAAGCUCCUGGUGCUCCGGGGGCGGUGGAGGACAGCCGGAUGACGGUGCAGGAGUUCAACACGCUGGUGGCGCUGUACCGGGAGCAAGUCAUCUCGGUCGGGGAGAUAUCCAGCGACUGUCCGUCCCUGCGGAUCCAGAUGCACCACACGCGCACCAAAGGGUGCUCCAUGGCGCGCGCCGCCCACCACGACCUCGCUGUCAUGUCUGGGUCAGGGCCAGAGGACGGGGAGAUCCAGCCUGAGAUCUGCAGGCUCUUCAUCCAGCUCCAGUGUUGCCUGGAGAUGUUUGUUACGGAGAUGCUGAAGUCUUUCUGCCUGCUGGGGGUCCUGAAGCUGCACCGGAGAGGAAAGGACAUGUAUGCAGAGGCCAGAUUGGAUUUCAAAGUGGAUGAGAGCUCUGAUGUCCCCAUUCUGGAUGACUCCUCCUCCUCACCACUCUUCAACCACCAGGACCCGUGGCUGGUGGGCACCGAUAUCGACAACAUUGAGCGAGAAAACACCAAACAGAUCCUGGCAUGUCUGUCACCAAGUCUGGCUUGCUUCUGCGAACACUACCCCUGGGCCAGCUGGUCCGCCUGCUCCAGAACCUGCAAUUAUGGCACGCAGCUAAGAAUCAGGCAAUUCAACUAUGAUGCCUAUUUCUGGAAGAACAGCUGCAAUCACUUCUGCGAAAAGUACGACACGCGAGCUUGUAACCAACAGUCCUGUCCGAUCUCAUGUCUGAUCACUGAGUUUGGAGAAUGGUCCAAGUGCUCGCCCUGUGCAAAGAAACAGCUCCGCACGCGCUCCGUCCAGCGGCCCUCCCAGUUCGGCGGGGAGGCGUGCAGCGAGGUGCUGAUGGAGGACCGGGACUGCCAUCCCGACACGGAGUGCCGCAUACCGGAGGUCAACUGCAGAGAACAGUUUAAAUGUGACAACGGCCGCUGCAUGAACUCAACGCUAAGGUGCAACAACCAGAACGACUGCGAGGACAACUCCGACGAGAGGGACUGUGGCGGUGUUUUCAAGCGCGUCUGUCCCAGAGAGAUCCGCUUGCCGCCCGGGUCCGACCUGGUCGCAAACGGGUUUGAUGCCAUGGCAGAGGCGUCCCGGGGCCAAGUCCUCAACAACAGGUUCAUGGGGGAGGGUAAAUGCGAUGUGAAGCGGCCCCCUUCUAUCCUGCUCUACUACCGCAUGCCUCACAACUUUGAGGACUUUGAGAUCAAGGUGGGAGUUACUGAUGACUUCCUAGAACAAGCCCGGCCCCUGAAAACUUCAAAACUGGAUGUGACGAAUUCAGGCUCGGCUUCAGACUCCAGUCUGAGAUUCUGGAAUAUCUUCAGGAUGAGGAAGGCUCACCAAGAAGUCUUCAAGGCUUCAAGGCAGAAGGACUCCAUCAUGUUCGACGUGCACCAGGUCCUGCCCGUGGCCACGUUCAGAGUGCGGAACCCGCGCGACACGGUCUUGUCCGGGCCCUUCCUCCAGUUCCUCAACGCGCUGCCCCUGGAGUACAACUACCCGCUGUACCGGGACAUCUUCCGGCGCUUCGGGACCCACUACUACAGCUCAGGGUCGCUCGGGGGGAAAUACGAGAUGAUUUACCAGUACGACACGGAGACGGUCAAAAGCUCAGGAGACAUAACACAUGAGUUUUCUGAAUGUAUUCGUAAGGAGAAUUUGGAAUUUUAUUUUUUCUACACAAAGUACACACAAAGUACAAGGUGCACAAACACCCUGAUGACACAAACAUACAAAGGGUCUUACAUGAACGCAGCCAGGAAGUCUUACUCCCUGGUGCAGGGAGGACAGACCAGGGAAGCAGCUAAGCUGGCUUGGCAAAGUGGCGGCGUCAGGCCCCCUAGGGCGGCAUACGACGAAUGGACUCGAUCGGUCAUCCAAAACCCUGUUGUGGUGGAUUAUAAGCUGCGGCCCCUUGUGGAGCUGGUGCACGGCCUUCCAUGCGCCGCCACCAAGCGGCGUCUCCUUCGCCGCGCGCUGGUGUCCUACCUGGAGGAGUUUGACGUGUGUCAAUGCGCGCCGUGCCCCAACAAUGGGCGGCCCGUGCUCUCAGGGACCGAGUGCACGUGUCUGUGCAAGACGGGCACCUUUGGCCCCAACUGUGACAAGAGGUCCCCGGGCUACACAUCAGAGGGCGUGGACGGCUCCUGGAGCUGCUGGGGCCCGUGGGAUGAGUGCGGAGCCGCCAUGCAGAGACAGAGGACCCGGCGGUGUGAUCACCCCGCCCCGCUGAGGGGGGGGCUGCCGUGCCAGGGGGCCAGGGUGGAGAAGGAGCCCUGCCACAUCUCCAUCUUCCAGACGCAGGCUACAUGUGACAACGAUGACGACUUCACGGUGGGCUGGAUUGAUGAGCUGCCCCCAGGGGUGGUGGGGUGUUUCAGACCCAAGAGGCCGGACAACAGCUACCUCCUGAAAGGGAAGCAGUACUACGAGGUGGGGGAAGUCGAGGAGUUCCGGUGUUUCACGGGCUUCGAGAACGCGGGUUCGCCGUUGAUCCACUGCCUUCCCGAUCUCACCUGGCCCCAGCCCGCCGGACAGUGUGUCAGGAUGGUCUGUGCGGCUCCCUCCAACAUACCCGAGGAGCUGGAGCUGUACCCCAACAAGAAGGAGUACCGGGUGGGAGAGUCGGUCGGGCUGAACUGCAAGAACGUCAACCAGGCGCCCGCGCCCCUGGGCUGGUUCAGGUGUACCGUCGGCCUGCUCUGGGUCCCCGCGGUGCCCGCCGACCUGCACUGCGUGGACGUAAGACCCUACGUCCCCGAGAGGCGAUGUGGCCCUGGAGAGGUGCGCCGGGGCCCCGUGUGUGUCUGUAUCGACCGAGUGUCCUGCAUUUCCUUCCAAGAAAACCUGUGUGCUCUCAACACGGAGCUGGACGCCCUCGUGCCCAUGUCCAUCUGUUCCCUCCAUGCCGCCCGUUGCCACGGCGACCCCUUCUUUUUCGCCAACAAGGGACAAUGCGACGACAGCGCCGCUCACCUGGACCUGGUCAGGUUCCGGGCCCGCAUGGCCAAUCGCAGCGCCACCGCGGAGCCGUGCGGCGAGGACGUCUGCUACGAAUGGGAGACCUGUGUCGGCUCGUUCGCCGAACGCCGCUGUAUUUGCCGCCUUGCCACCGAAUGCCCCCGGAGCAGAGAGCCAAUCUUCUGCAUCAAGCUGGUUGCCAGCCAACGGAAGAAAGAGAUCAGCCUUUGCCUCAUGGGUGUGCUGAAAUGCUCGUCGAUUAAAGUAGAAGUGCUCUACGAAGGGCACUGUGAGGCGGCUUGAGUCCACCGCAGCCUUGCUUUUUCUAUGAAUGACAGUAGAUAUUAAAGAUGGAGUAUGUAACAUUUCAACUAGCUCAUAGCAUUUAAUAACCCGGACAUAUCUGUAGUCAAUGCUGAUCGAUAGUGAUUUAAAGGCUGUUAUCAAUUAAAAAAAAUCCUGUAACUGAUUUAUUCUACAAGUAAGAGAGUUUAAUUGUAAUUUCCCCUUUGCAAUAUUUUCACAUGAUGCUCUUCCUCAACCCGCUGAACGUGUGGAACUAUUCACAAUGACAAUUGAUCAUACAUGAUUUAUAUAGAUAUACAUAUAUAAUCAGAACUACAAGAUGGACUACAAACAUGGAAAGGGGUCUGAAUGAUUUAAUCAAACUUUUAUUUGCCCCGAUGGGGGAUUUGUCAUUAACAACAAAAAAACUAUUUGUAACCCCGAAACAGAUAGAUGCACCCGCUAUAAAUAUGAUAACCCCCCCCCCCCGUCCCAAGAGUCCAGUCUGCCCAGUCUGUCCCUUUGUUCCUAACUUGUGUCUUGGAGGGGGGGAUGUACAAAAAACUGUUUCCCUAUUUAAAUGUCAUGGAAAAUAAAAUAAGUUUGACAAUACAAACAAACGUACAUACUAC